AUGACUGAUUGUCCUAAGCCUCCUUCCACUCUAAUCUCUCGCAUUUUCAUAUCUCUCGAUCCCCCUCAAAGUAACGAGAGUGCUAAUUCCGCCAUUAACCUUGCUUUAAACUCAGCUGUUUAUGCCUAUUCAGUUCGUUGGCUGCUCGUUAGCCAUACAACCGAUGCCAAUGAUUUUGAGAAACGCGAUAAGAUCAUUUCCUCAAAGAAGGAGCUUGCGACCAACCUUUGGAGAGAUGCUCGGCAGCAUAUUUAUGCAGCUAUGGCUAGGCCGACAUAUAGGUCCAUCCUUGCACUGUAUCUCUUCGGAAUUACUCCUUCGUCUUCCAACGUGGAUCUUGACAAUAUAAAAGAUCCUUGUCUGGAGACGGCUCUUAAUCACCACAGUCUCCUACGCUCCAGGUUUCUAACUAAAACGCAAACUGCAGAUUCUAUCGUGGACCUACUAAGUUCCGGGCCGCUUCUUAGCACAGAGCCCCCUUCUGGUAGGGAUGAGUCUGAGCUCAAGUGCAUGACUGAUAUCGCUUACUGGUUCGGUGUCAUAUCGGAUACUACGAGAUCUUUAACGCGUUGCAGACCUUCAGUUUUGUUACCAGGUCAGAGUGGAGAGAAGAAGGUCUGGUCUGCCGUACGUCAACGUACAGAUGCGUUUGAAAGAGAAUUCCAAUCCCUGAUCGAUCUCCGGGCACCACUGUCCGAUAGUUUGGUCACUCUCAUCCUCCAGCACGCAUUCGCUUUCAAAACCCUAGUAUGGGCUGCUAUCACUCGCGUCCAGGACGCCGUGUUUCACCAGCUUUCAGAUAUUUCUCUUCCAGAGGCAAUUGAGACCGUACGAGUUGAGAGUAACCGUUUCGAGCGCGUGUUUGGCACGUUACUGUCUUAUUGUCACAGGGAUUUUAUGCUGCUCAACCGUUCAACACAAUUAAGUUAUACACUCUUGAACAUUCACUUUCAAGUCGGGAGUCUGAUUUUAGCAGACGCACUGCCGUCGACAGUGACCUUUAUCGACAAUAGUUCCAAAGCCUACGAUCUCCGCCUCUGCGCAUGCCUACGGAUCGUCAACGCCGUCAAUGUUGCCCUCCAGACAGAUGUUGCUGAAGAAGAUCCAACCAGUAUCCUGUUACUUGAUCCUUAUCCGGACCAGAUGGUUAAUGCCUUGACACGAACGGGUUCCUCCCUUUUUCAACUCAACUCUACAGACAAGUUGAAUUAUUCAAAUUUAAAACGUUUGUUCACGGUGGUUAUUACUGCACUUGAGAUACUAUCAGAGAUCUCGCACCAUGCUGCAACAGCAGUUCCCCUUCUGAGGCAGAAAUUUCUCGAAGGGAGUACUCAUCAGACUACCACCUCCCCACACGACCCGUUACACCAAGCUACGCUGUUGGCCGACGGCCUGUUGGACGCUAGUCUUGUGCAAGAACUAGAGCAGCAGGCUAUUGAUCCUACCUUGGUGCCCAGCACAAUUGAGCGCAACGAGAGUAAUAUUUUUAUGUCUACUUUCUUAUCUGAAGAAGUUCAAUUUACUGCGUCUGACUAUUUAUCCCACAACUGGGACUUUGACGAUUGUUUUGUCGAUUUCUAA